UUCAGUGGAUUUCUCCGCGUGGAUCAAGCUGUGGGAUAUCUGCUGUCACAAACACAAACCAGCUAUGCCUGACAUUUGUCCGUGACUGCAGGGGACGAGGCCGUAAAUGGUGUCUGGGAUUCAAGUCGGUUUAGAGCGCUUCGUUUUCUGGUCAUGGAAGGUCCAGAACCGGUUACCGAUUAUUUACGGGGAGUGAACGGACACUUGAAUGAACUUCAGAGCUCCGGUGAAGGAUGCUCUCCUUGCCUUAAGAGCACCCGUUCUUUGAUCCCGCCGGUGUACUGGAAUGAGCUGCUACAGCUUGUUAAACUGGCAGGACCGGUGCUCAUUUCUCAGCUGAUGGUCUUCAUGAUCAGUACAGUCAGUAUGGUGUUCUGUGGUCACAUGGGGAGAACUGAGCUUGCAGGAGUGUCACUAGCAGCUGCGGUGGUUAACGUCAGUGGUAUUUCUGUUGGCACUGGUUUAUCAGCAACUUGUGAUACCCUGAUAUCUCAGACGUAUGGGAGCGGUAACUUGAAGCGAGUCGGUGUGAUUCUCCAGAGGGGAGUUCUGAUUCUGCUGCUGGCCUGUUUCCCCUGCUGGGCCGUCCUCAUCAACACUGAGCCCCUCUUACUCGCAGUCAAACAGAGUCCGGAGGUCGCCAGUCUCGCCCAGAUGUAUGUGAAAAUCUUCAUGCCUGCUCUCCCGGCUGCUUUUAUGUACCAACUGCUUGGGAAGUAUCUACAAAAUCAGGGAAUUAUGUGGCCUCAGGUUAUAACUGGAGCAAUUGGAAAUGUCUUCAAUGCUGUCAUCAACUACGUCUUCCUCUAUCCCCUGGAGCUGGGUGUUGCUGGAUCUGCAGCAGCCAAUGCCUUGUCACAGUAUUUGCUGGCUCUGUUCCUAUAUGCUUACAUUUGCUGGAAGGGUCUACACAAAGCCACGUGGGGAGGUUGGACGCUUGACUGUCUGCAAGAGUGGGGUCUUUUCAUCAAGCUGGCUAUUCCCAGUAUGCUCAUGAUUUGUUUGUCCUGGUGGAUAUUUGAAAUCGGAGGAUUCCUGGCUGGUGUGAUAAGUGAGGUUGAGCUGGGAGCUCAGUCCAUAGCAUACCAACUCUGCAUUGUAGCUUAUAUGAGCCCACUGGGAUUCUCUGUUGCUGCCAGUGUGAGAGUUGGAAAUGCUCUUGGUGCAGGAAAUCCAAAGCAGGCCACGCUAUCAUGCAAAGUCUCUAUCAUCUGUGCAUUGGCAGUUGCCUGUUUGGUUGGGGCUUUCAUCAUCUCUACCAGAAACGUCAUUGGCUACAUUUUCACCUCCGAGCAAGACAUCAUUCAGAGGGUUGCUGAUGUCAUGCUUAUAUUUGGAUUCAUGCAUAUCUGUGAUGCCAUUGCGGGCGUGGCUGCAGGUGUUCUUAGAGGUGUGGGGAAACAGCUGAUUGGUGCUUUGUGUAAUUUUGUUGCAUUCUACUUCAUUGGCUUCCCCAUUGGUGUGUCCCUGAUGUUCGCAGCAAACAUGGGGAUUGUAGGACUUUGGACAGGACUCGUCAUUUGCCUCUUACUUCAGGUGAUAUUUUACGUCACUUUUUUGUGCAGACUUGAUUGGAAAAAGGCUUCAGAAGAUGCUCUUGUGAGAGCAGGGGUUCACAUUACAAAGGAAAAUGCAACAGCUGAGCUGGAAGACUCAGAUUCACAUCAGAGUCAGGCCCAGGUCAGUGGAGCUGAGUCUGCGUGUUUGAGUGCUGAGGGAGGAAACACAGAUCCAAUUGUAGCCAGUUCAGGCAGUAGAGCCUUCACCACCACCACCACCACAGUGGGAGAUGUUCUGUCUGUACCACAGCUGGCUGUAUGGCGUGGUUUGGCAUUAAUAAUCAUGAUCAUCAUCCUUCUUGCUGGAAUCAUCAUCAGCCAUUUUCUAAUGAAGCUGUUAAAAUGACGGAUUUUUGAGUGUCAUAGGGCUGCUCAUCAGCUUGACCAUAUUGAGAAUCUACUCCAGUCUUCAGCUCUGUGCAGCUUCCAGAAACUCUUUGAUUGAAAGAUGGAUAACGCUUUCAGGUCUGAAAUGUGAUGCUUAAAGUGUCUCACAUGUGCAUUCUCUAUAACAGCCAGCAGCAAGCAAUUCUUCUGCUUGUUCUGCUUGCCCCAGUAAACAUUUUCUUAAUGAUUUUAAGGGCUCUGUCACAGGUGUUACAUCUUAUUAAAUACAACAUGAUGCUCACUUAGGAAAUUAUGAUCCCAUUAGAAUCGAAAAGGAAAAAGGCAGUUAUGCACUUCACAGUAUGAGCAUACAGUCUCACUUGGUUUCUUAGUGAGUCACCACAGUCCUUCUGUCAGUUUUCAAAACAUGAAGAUUGCAAAGGCUAAAAUGCUAAGCUCUGUGAAGCUCUGAGUAACUUAUUUACUAUCCAACAAGGGGCAACCAGCAUCCAAUUUUAGUAUGCAGUCUAUGAUAAAAUCUGCUUCAGAAAAAAAAAAAAAGCAUUUUGUGCACUUUUUGUUUCCUGUGUCUCAGCCAAAUUAGAUGUAAAGUUAAAAAUGUAUAUAUGUGUGUGUCUGUGUGUGUGUGAAUGGAAAAUGUAUAUUUUCUGGGUGAAAACAAGGAACUUAAACGUCCACCAGUAACAUUUUAUGCCAGCAUUUUUCACAAGAACAAACAUUUCACUGCACAAUGUCUUCUUAUAUCUUCUGUUUGCUUUAAAAGAGCAUACCAUGGACUUAACUUUAAAGUCCUCUAGCACUGCCACCUUCACAAUAGUAUUUUUUUUUUUUUAAAUGGAUGUAUCAGGGAGAUCUUUAUUUUCACGAUCGGUUUAGGCUUUAAACGAAUAGAUAAAGGUCUGCUCAGUCAGUGUUGAGACUUUGCUGCACAAAUACAUUUUUGAAUCAUCUGCCAUUAUUUUCUAUUU